AUGGCGGUCGAACCGCAUUCUAGCUCUCCAAUUCCUGUGGAACAGCUCACCAAGUUCGCAACAGAGGCAUGCGAUGCAACAUUAGAUGGUGUUGAGCAAUACGACCACGAAAAGGUCUCGGAAUGGAGCGCGCAGAUAAUAAAAAAAGUCCUCCAGUCACUUAUUGCCGCGAUACCCUCGGACGAAUCUGAUGACAAAGAAGACGGCCCCAAGGACCACUCGAAACCCACAUACCGGUUCAACGUGACAUGCACAAUCAUACAGCAGGGCUUCUCGAGUAAAGAGGGAUCUAACUCUGUCGAAGCUGCUGGGCGACGUGGCAUGCACUGCGCUUCGGGAGCGUACUGGGACACCAAGCAUGACGGCAUGUGGACAUACAAACACCCGAGCGGAGAAGAUAAGGGGAUGGACCUGGUGCUGAACGUGGUCUGGUUCGGUUCUACAAAGUAA